GAAAGAGAUAUUCGAAGCUCCCCCUCAACCAAAACCAGCGCGAUGGAUCAACAUACGGGAAGACAAACAGCCGUAAUUUUGGAGACCAGUAUGGGUGUCAUCCAACUCGAAUUAUAUUCGCAUCAUGCGCCCAAGACUUGUCAUAACUUUAGUGAAUUAGCUAAUCGUGGAUAUUACAACGGAACGGUCUUCCAUAGGGUGGUUGCAGACUUUAUGGCACAGGGUGGCGAUCCAACCGGCACAGGGAGAGGCGGCAGGAGCAUUUACGGAGACAAAUUUGAAGACGAAAUUCAUCCAGAAUUGAGAUUCACAGGGGCCGGGAUUUUGGCGAUGGCAAACAGCGGACCGAAUUCGAACACUAGUCAAUUCUUCUUAACACUAGCACCUACACCGCAUCUAGAUAAAAAGCACACUAUCUUCGGUCGGGUUCAAGAAGGCUUGAAAGUUCUAGAACGAAUCGGAUCGGUUAAUGUGGACUCGGAGGAUAGACCUCGGGAACCAGUCAAGAUACUUAAAGCAAGAGUGGUCGAAAAACAAGCUUGAUUCAUCACUGUUCAUUUUUUUUCUACUUUUAGUUAUUUCUUCCCUCUAGAUGCACAGAUUACCCCAUCGAAAAAUCAGAUGAUAAGAAGCCAAAUCGUGCAGAAAACUGGGGUGUUCAUGUGAGCUGGCUGUUCAUCAAAUUGCUUGAUCGCCCAGUCUCCAUUGUAUGUACAUCAAUAAAUUUAAUGGUUCUGUGACUGUUGGAUAGUCGAGCUCACUUAAUUCUUCUCAUUCUGAUUACCUAUUGUAAUUUAAGGCAUAGUAUACCAAAAGAAAGCCAAGUCAUUUGCACUUCUAUGUAUACCAAGCCUUUAUGAUGUUUCUAAAACUUCACCCCUCGCACGAAAAACAAAUGGGAUUAGGG